AUGGCAGGAAUGCAGCGAACAUUGAGCCAAAGGAUGUCGAAAGAGUUCCUUCUGGUCUCCCUUGGCAUUGACACUGCCACUAACAAGGUGAAGUUGCAGCAGAGCGUGCGGGACUUUAACAACACCUUGCAUGCCCUGAUCACGGGAGACCCUGUUCAAGGCAUUGUUGCAGCACCCAAUGCUCAAGUUGCUGAGAAUCUUCAGGAGGUGCUGAGCCUUUGGGUGCCCUUUGAGACCUUACUCACCAGCAGUGUGGAUUCUGUUCGCUCAGCGGACGGCUCGAUCAACAUUCCUGUCCUCGAGGCCGUAUCCUCCCAAAAUGGUCCACUGCUCGAUGCUUCCAACGUGGUGGUUGGUGGGCUGGUGGAUGCCGCCAAGGUGGCUGGAGCAUCUACCAAUGGUCUGGUCCAAGACAUUGCCGGGCGACAGCGGACGUACAUCCAGAGCCUGUGCCUGAAGGCUCUCCUGAUCAGCCAGGGCGUCUCAUUGUCCUCGAAUAAGGCCUCGCUGAAAGAGACGAAGCUUCUCUUCGAAGACUCACAUACGGGCAUCAUUGAAGGUGUCCCCUUCGCCGGCGUACCAGUCCUCACCAAUAUGUGCACGCUCCAUCAGAUGUCCGAGGUCACUUACUACUACUCGAGUUUCCGACCACUGGUGAAUGAAAUCCUGAACGCUCACACGGUCCAGUCCAGUCAGCAGACGGCCUUGCGCCUAGCACCGAACAUCGCCAACCUCACCGAACCUUUAUUCGAUUCCAUGGUGUUGGCCGUGCAGUUCUUCAACAACAAGUCCAUGACCUGCGAUCCGAUGUCCUCCAUGUCUGAUGAGGAUUGGCGCUCCUUCAUCGACACCUUGGGAAAGCUAAGACUGGAGACGCAGCAGGUGUCACAGUACUUCAUGCAGGUGGCCCUUGGGUCCAAUGUGCAUACCAGCAAGGUCGAGAUCACAGUGAUGAUCUCGACGGCCUUGCAGCAGGUACGCAGCCUCCUCGAGGGACGAAAGGCAGAGGGGAUCCCUGCCCCGCCAACACAGGGCGUGGUGGAUCAGAUGUUGAUCGCAGCCGAGACGUGGAGUGUGCUUGAGACAGAGUUGACACAGGCAGUUCGGGCCGAGGCCGUCACACCGAUCAUGGUAGACCGGGUUGCGCUGCUCAGUGCUGACGUCCUCGACCAGCUCUCGACGGUCAUGGAGAUGACAGUGCAGGAAGCCUGGGGAGCCAGCCCAGCCACGCCCGCCUACCUGAUGGAUCUCACAAGCAAGCAGUCGAUGCGCUUGUUCAAGAUGUCCAAAGAGGCAAGCCUCGCGCACUACGGUGUACAAGUUGAUGCGAAUUGGAUGGCACUGAAUGCAACACGUGAUGCCUUCGUGGCGGCACACAGGAAGCUUUUGCUGGGAGCUCCUGCCCAGAAUGCCACCCCAGCUUUGCAACAGCUCUCCCAGCUUUGCAUCAUUCAGCGCAUGCGUGAGGUCGAUGACUUCUACCAGCAACUCCAGGAGUCUGCUCUUGCUGUCGCUCAUGGCAGCUUCGAGGCCAUGGCGGAGCUGAGCCAGUUUGACAAGCGUGCCCUCGACGCCAUGUCAGGUGCUUCCAAGGUGCUGGUGUCUGGAGCAUGCGAGAACGCGACGACGGAGGUGGUGGCACCCCUGCUGGCUUGGCUGGAGCUGCAUCAGGAGGCCGCGGAUUUGUCGCGCCUAAGUCAGGAUGCCACGGCUGCUUUCGUCAUCGCCCAGGAGGGAGGUGGUGGCAGCUUCAGUUCGCUCAGCACUGCGGCCGAAGAUGUGAAGGCAUCCUUCCACCGGCUCAUGUUCGGGUCUUGGAAACCCCAUGUGGCAGCACCGCCCACACAAGCGCUCUUGGAGCAUGUGAUGUCCACAGUCGAACCUGCAGUGGAAAGGUUCACGCAGGCUUUGUCGGGAACUGACGUGCUCAAUGUCGAGGCUGCGGGUGUGAGCUUGCUUGGCGUAGCGGAGGUGCUCCAGGCCAAGUACCUCAAAGGUGCUCGGGAAUCUGAUCCGAUGUGGCCAGGCGCCAGGGUGGAUGUACUGAUGUCGCAGGCAGCCCUUGCAAGUAGAGUUCACAAAGAAGCUUUACUGCACGUCUACGGCUUCAGGAAGUCGGAUGCCGAACUGUCGUCUGCCAUUAGCGAGUUUGAGACAUCCCAUCAACGUCUUAAGGAUGGUGGGGGAGGUCUGGAGCCCGUGAUCGCGGAGCGCAAGGACAUCCUUGAGCAGUGGGAGCAGAUAAACCAGGCAUGGCUGUCUUUGAAGAGCCAGGCGAGGUCGGCCACCAGUGAAGACACUUGGAGGGCUGAGGAUGCCAUGACGCAGGUGAUAUCGCAAAUCCAAGUCGCCAUCCCGCUCUAUGGCAUGGAGGAUGUUGAAGCACCAGAGUCUUUUCCCUGGACGUCUGCAAUCUACAUAAGUGUAGCAGUUUGCCUGGUAUGUUGCUGCUGCACCAUAGCAUACUGCCAGUGGGCUAAAGACCGCAGCCGGGCCCAGUCCUCUGACAAGGAGAAGCAAGGUGCUAAGAGAGGGACUCUGGCGGAUGAGGCUGCCGGCCUCGCUCGCGUGAAGCAGACGAUCGAGCAGAAGGAGACGGAGCUGCGCUUCGUCUUCGAGGUGAAUCCUCCGCUGCUCUCACCCCGGCGAGAGUCCGUGGUGCCCAUCGGAGCGCCAGAGGUCUUAAUGAGCGACGAUGCGGGCCGGGACAUGCUGCUGCUGAAUCCUGCCUGGCAGGGUGAGAUCUUCAGUGCUGGCCUCCGUUAUGUGAGCCCCCAGCACGACCUGACCAUCGACCGCUACAUGGAGGAUGGGCAUAUGGUGGAGCAUGUGCGCUACCCCGAGCGGGGAAUCGAGAUGCGCCGACCGUCUGGACAUGUGUUGCAGCGUUACACAAGAGUUGAAGGGGCAAGAGCGACGCUAUGGUUGGUGCUGUUCAACCAACGCUUGGACGGAAUUCGUCAUGGUUUCUCAGUCGACAGGCUUGUCGACCAAUACUUCAUCCACUUUGUGAGGACGGCUCGCUCAUCCCUGAAUGUGCAGCAACCUGUGAUCUGCGACAAGAUGCCGACAGACCAAAUUCAAGGAUUGUUUCAAGAAGUGCUCCUUCGCGGACUUCUGACAGAUGCAGAGGUGACGUCGCAAUGUGGUCACUCGAGCUUCGAGUUUCCUGAACCUGACCCCACCCUAGGCACCCCAGAGCCCGGCGUAGGUGUUCAAGCAGAGAGUGCAAUCAAUGGUGGUGAAAGGAAUCCUGCCAAUCUUUGUCCGACGGCUGAAGAGGCCGAGAUCCUCGCCGUGCAUGGCAUGGUCCUAGCAGAGAACGAGGCUGACUACCUCGAGAUCUUCGAGUCGCCGGACGACCUCUUGGUUGCAGUGGAGACGCUGCUGGAUUGUCCAGGGCGACGUAAGCAGCGCCAGUUUGAGUUCGAGACCAUGGAUACAGACUACGUGCCCCUGGCAUUGCGCCCCGGGGGCCCAAGGGCCUGUGAGCACUUGCUCGGCUGUGUGGAGGCUGCCCUCUGCAAAGACGACGAGUUUCGUGACUUCCGACAGACCUGGUCGGAGAAGGAAGGCUAUGGCAUCCUGCGCGUGGCCGGCCUCCCGGAAGUCGAGUCUGAGCCCAUGGGUUCAUGUGGGCGCCGUGGUGGAUACAAGCCAGCCUCGGUGAGGCUACUUACUUUGCACUGUGUGCUUGGUGCCGUUGUUCUUCAUGCCUGGCCACAUGAGACACCUUUGCUGUCCUUCGCGCGCCUGCGCUUUGCAGGCAGCUCUCCGGCCGGAGGCUGCAGGAGUCUGGGUGCGCGAAGAGCUUCGGCACCUGGUAUGGAAUUAUUUGACAGCGAGGCCUUUGAGAGCCUCUUUCGGAAGGACAACCUCAAGGUCUCUCGCGGACGCAUCCCUCAACCAAGGCAAAGACCGUGGAAGGCGGCCACGCGCGGCGGCACCAGGCGAUGCACAAAGCCGGUGGCAAAAUCUAGCAAGACGAAGAACAAGGUAAAGCGCGGGAAAGUUCAGCCACGCAAACGCCAGGACAAGCAGCAAAGAGCCAUGAUGAAAUUGCAAGCCGCCCGCGAGAAGAUUCUUGCAAAACCCCAGCCAAAGCUUUUGACCCAGGCAGCAUAUCAUCUGCCAGGACUCAUUCCGCUAUACGGCGUUGGCUCGAAAACACCGAAGGCCAAGAGGGCGGCAGCACGUGAAAUGAUAAGCCUUCUGCGCCGGAACCUCACGAUGGAAGAGGAGUUUCAGAGCAAACGCACCUUGGAGAACAUGCUCUCGUACAAGAUCGACAAAGCCAGGAAACUAUACAAUUGGACCGGGAAAGACUUUCACAACAGAAGUCUCCCGCCAGAUCUUAAAGCAGCGUUCAGCGAAAAGGGCCUUCAGAAUGCCUUCUUCCUCGUUUGGCUGAAUCUGAAGGACAAGCCGGUGGAACUGCAAGACGAGACUUGGCUGGAGAGGUGGAACAUGCCACGAUUGUGUAACAUGCUGGAAGCGAGACAUUACAAGCGAGCAGCUCUCAAAGACAUCAGCACAAUGACCACCAGCAUGGCCGUCUAA